AUGCUGGACCCGUCGCUGACACAACAAACACCCGGUCAUGUGUCGGUACCAGCCAACGACCAUGAUGGAGGAUUUUUGCAUGACUUCCUACAAAGCAUUAUCGGCGGAGACCCGUUUCCUCGACAAACUGGUCCAGGAGAACACGUACCAGGCACAUGGACACCACGAAAUGUCUUUGAUUUUGGCGCAAAUACCGACCUCGAACUGAACGACCUCGAUCUCAACUUCCUGGACGGAUACAACCACGAGAUACCGUUUGCGUCUUUCGUGGAAACUCCAGAAACCGCACGAUCAGUACCUGGGUCAACCAGCGAGCCACCGUCAGCUCUUGGUGUUGAGUCAUUGCAGAAGUCCUCGACAUGGCGUUUCCGUCCAGUGUCCCAAGACCAUGGUAUGAACGAUCAGCAAAACAUAUCCCUCCCCAGUGGCGACACCAGCAAGCGAUUACCUGUCCAACGGAGAGUAACCUCCGAGAUGCUCUCAUACACCAUGCGUGAUCGUAUCAUGGCGCUUUUCAUGUCUUCCUCGAACGCGGAUACUCUCCAAAAGACAAUGCAAUCGUUCCCAUCGCUCGAACUUCUGGACAGUCUAUUGCAGUACUUCCUAUCAUCAAAAACAGCAAUAUCGAACAGAAUGAUCCAUCUACCAACGUUUCGACCAAACAACGCGAGACCGGAGCUGGUAGCUGCGAUGAUCGUGGGUGGGGCUACUUUAGCUCCCGAUAUCAGUUUGAGAAAGAUGGGAUUCGCACUGAUGGAGGUCGUCCGCGUUGGAGUGCCCCAGAACAUCGAGAGGGACAAUACUCUCAUCGGCGACGUCGAGUGCGUCACUUCACUCGGUAUAGGCUUGAGCUCAGGCUUGUGGUCUGGCAACUCGCGCAAGAUGGAGAUCGCAGAGAGCUUCCUUCAGCCAUAUCUUACCAUGUGCCGUCGCAGAGGCUGGUUCCGCAGAUCUGCAUAUGAAGCAAUAGUACCCUACUCUACGGAUGUCGGCAAGGUUCUCGAAGACAAAUGGCACGCCUGGGCCAAGCAAGAGAUGCGGAAGAGGCUGGUCUUCUAUCUGUUCGAGUAUGAUACGCGACAGUCGGUUACGCUGUUUACAAAUCCCUUAAUAUCGUAUGCGGAGCUAGGACUACCACUUCCAGAAGCAGGGAGUCUGUGGCUUGCAGCGACCGCUGAGAAGUGGAAGCAAACAUACAUGUCUCUGGACCAACACAAACAGCGAGAACCAUCUCUCACCGAUCUCUUGCAAGACGUUGAGCUUCUUGGCGAAGGACAUGAUAUGUUCGACGAGACGACGGCAAGCCAGGCACUGCUCAGUGCUGCCUGGCGACUAAUUUGGGAAUACCGACAAAUGUGUUCCAUCAGCAGAGGUCAUGCCAGUUCAUGGAGCAAUUCGAACUUGCUUCUGUCAUCGCGUCUGACCGAACUAACCAAGUUACUCGAUUGUGUAAAGAUGAGUUCUCAGACCAAUGUCGCCAUGACCCUCUCGCUUGAACUGCUACUUAUGCAUCUACACAUCUCUCUCGAGGAGAUGCAUCUCUUUGCUGGAGCUGAAGGGCACAACGAGGCAAGAAGAGUCUUCCCGUUACUGCAGGAAUGGGCCAAGUCAUCAAGUGCCCGUCAAGGUGUCUAUCAUGCCGCUCAGAUUGUGGCGGCAGCCAGAAAAAUACCAACUGGAUGUCUACGAGACUUCCAUGCGGUGGUGCUAUAUCAGGCUGGUCUGGCUUUAUGGUCAUACGGCGUCAUCUCAAAUGCCGCACUCACAGAAAGCGCACUCGACUCCAUCGGCAACGCAAGACGCGGCGAAAGCGUUGCAAUGCUGGAUGAGACUGACAGCAACGGCGCGCAAAGAUUUAUCAAUCUCAACAAGGGACAAGCUGCCAUCAAAAGGACUGUUGGCGAUCCAAGUGGCACUCACGUUCUGUUGUCAGAUCCUGGCACUGUCAUGGGCGUGCUUAUGGAUGUGUUUAGGAUGAACGGAAGACCCUCGAGGUCAUCGCCACCGUUGGUUGAGAAUUUGCUUGAACUCAUGGAGGGUUUGAGGCUUGCAGUGCUCGAGCCUAGCACUUGA